GCCUCUCCAUGACCCUGGCUAACGGCUCCGAUGGGGAGCUCCCGAAGGGAGACCUCCCUACUCCCCCAGACCCGACUGCAGCCCCAUCAAAGCGGCAGGGCUCUCGGCAUGGAGAUGGGGGCCGCUAAUCCAGUUGCUCUGACCCAUUUUGGGCGAUAGGGUCUGGGGAGGCCCAGGGACGGGGCACGGGGAAGCCCGGAGGUCCCUCCAGCAGGUCGGGCGAGGACGCUAAGGGCACCUGUUGCGGCGCGCGGUGCGGUGACUGAGGCGCACAUGAGCUAGGCCGGGCCCAGGGCGGCGGCGGGGGCACAGCUGAGCCGAGGUUCCAGGCCAGGCCCGCGCCUUGGGCUUCCGCCGGGUCAGCUGACCGCCCAGUACGGAACUAAAAGGCCGGCGCGAGCUGCCUGCCUGCCUGCCGCUGCCGCCUCCGCGCUCCUGCUCCGCCCUCGGUACCGCGCGUCCGCCCCGUCGCCAUGGCCGGGCUUGUGGUCAAUGGAACUCAAGUGUCCUACAUAGGCCAGGACUGCAGAGAGAUUCCAGAGCACCUCGGCAGGGACUAUGGACAUUUUGCAAAGAGGCUUGACCUGAGCUUUAACCUUCUGAGGUCACUGGAAGGACUGAGCGCGUUCGGGAGCCUGGAGGAACUCAUCUUGGACAACAAUCUGCUGGGGAACGACCUCGUGUUGCCAGGGUUACCCAGUCUCCAUACCUUAACCCUCAACAAGAACCAGAUCACUGACUUGGAGUGUCUGCUUGAUCACCUGGCAGAAGUGACACCAGCUCUGGAGUACCUCAGCCUGCUGGGGAAUGUGGCAUGUCCCAAUGAGCUGGUCAACUUGGAGAAGGAUGAGGAGGACUACAAGAGAUACAGAUACUUUGUUCUGCACAAGCUGCCCAAUUUGAAGUUUCUGGAUGCUCGGAAAGUAACUAAACAAGAACGAGAGGAAGCUUUGGUCAGAGGGGCGUUUAUGAAGGUGGUGAAGCCCAAGGCUUCCAGUGACUGUGGUGCUCUCUCUCCAAAGAGCCAAUACACACCCCUGCCUUCAGCUUCCAGGGAACUCACCAGUCACCGAGGUGUCCUAGGGAAGUGUCGCUAUGUUUACUAUGGUAAAAACUCGGAGGGCAACAGAUUUAUCCGAGAUGACCAGCUCUGAAGGCAAGUUCUAUAUGCCUUAGCCAGUGACCUAAGAGUGAAAGAAAAAAAGGGAAAGCAAAAAUAAAGAAAAAGCUAAAUAAAAAGACGAUGGCCCACAUUGGAUCUCUGUGGGAAGGCUGUGACUUCAGCUUUUGGUAACUUCUGCUGACUUCGCUAGGCCUGUCAAGAUCAUCCUUCUGCCUUAGACUGAGUGGUCACAUAGAGAUUGACAUGAUUGCCCUUAAGCAGGUCUCAUCCACCAGGGUGACAGACAGCAGUGGCGAAGCACCAGGGCUGACAGGAUGAACACCAUGAUAGAUUGCCUGGCCCCUCCACUGCUCACAGGGGAGCAGAGGUCACACCUGGGGCCUCCCUGAGCAUGCUCGGUGGCUACAGUCAAGUGAGAGAGACUGUGUCUUUAGCUUGCCUAAUGAGUAGAAAUCCUUCUGAUACCAUUAUGCUGCGGGUUUAUCGUUAGUGAAAUAGUCAGAGCAAAUUUAGAGGAAGGCUCCUCAUCCUUUUUUCCCUUAAACCUUAACCUCUUGUAUUUUGCAUAGUCCCCUUCUGCCCCACCUCCAUCACCCUUUAGCAUCUUGAUCCCAGGCAAUGCAUUUCAGUUCCUGUUUUUCAGAGAACAGAAGAGGUCAGUUCUUAUCCAGGUCAUACGAUGACAGUGAGCUUCAUGUUCUUAUAGUUCGUGUAUUAGAGUAAAUUUCUUUUCCUAAAUCCCUGACUAUAAAACCCUGGACUUUAUCAUGUCUUGUUCAUUUCCAAAUCCACUUCUUGCCCUGAAUACUAUGCAGUGGCAGGCAUCUUUCCAACACCAGGUUCUGGUUGUACCAAGGACUCUGAGUUAUUUAUGUAUUUUUAACCACACACCCUCCAGCUAUGUCUAUGGCCAUGUUUGUGUUUGGAGCUGGCCUGCUCCUUUGGGUGGUAUUUAAAGGUAGUGAGGUGAUAAAAGAUAACGUGAUAGGUUAGGAAGUGAAAAAGGAAAGUGAAGACUGUAGAAAACACCCCCCAGAUCAAAUGGUCUUUCAUAAAAAGCACGAACCCUUUGAGUUUGCUGUAUUUCUCAGGACCUCUCAGAAAUGAAAUCCACAGCUUGUGAGGUGGUGUUUUUGCACCUUUGGCUGUAUUCUAGCCCUCAUGUUUCAAGGAAAAUAAAUGUGAUCAUACUGGUUGGGUGGCUGUAAUUCCAUUUAAUGUUCCGGUACACCAUUAGAGGAUGUUGGAAAGUCUAGUUGCUCUUGACACACUACCAUUUAUUUUUGCUUUCCUUUAGACUAGGUGUUCAUUGUCUCAGGUUUCCCAGUAUCAGGUUAGUUUGAGGACAGCAAAAUGUGAAAGAAGAUCCUUCCCAGUUACAGACACCAAAUGACCAGAGAGUUGCUAGGGUAAAAACAUCUUUAAGGACUUGGAACCCCUGAGACACCCAAGAAGAACCUGCUCUCUCCAUUCCAAUAUAUAUGGCCUUAGGCCUGCUGAGUCAACACAGUCCUUGAAUGACUUGCUUUGGGGCUGGAAGGAGCCCCUCCUGUAGAUUACACAACCUCUGGUAAUCAGUUAUUGAGACAAAUUGAGAUGGAAAUCCUUAAGACCAUUAAUAAAUAGAGAAUAUGGCAUGUUUGGCUUUAUCUCUCAAACCCAUUAAUAACCAGAGUCUAGUACCUUCCCUCUAAUUUGAUCUACAAAACAGCAUUGGGACGAUGCUUUCACUGAGUUGUAUGCAGUCCCACCCUGGCUCUGUGUUUGGAAGCACCAGCCCAUGUUUUGUUCCUGACAUCUUACAGGCAGCCUGAGUUCUGUGCAAGGGCAGCUAGACUAGUCCAGUGUCACAUCCAAUCUAGCGGCCCAUAUAUCCUUGUCUUCAUAAAAGGCUUUAACCCUGCCUCCAACAAUAAAAAAGCACUUGUGAACUGACCACA